UGUUACAUUGAAAGUUAGAACUCAGUUAAAGUAUCAAAAGUGUUGCUAUUAUAUUAUUUUUGUUACUGAAAUGGCACAAUUUCUAGUUUUCAUCGCCUUCUCUAUUUUCACUGUUAAUGCAUCUUAUGGACUAUCUAUUGAUGAGGAUUCUGGAUCAGUUGCAUCAACUAACCCUACUCUUGCUGAAGAACAAGCAUUUAUUAAGCUUUUCGGAAGUAAAGAUCCAGAUGAAGCAGCGACUUGUGGACAACUGAUUGAGUCUCGAGGGUUUGAGUACGAGGUUCAUUAUGUGACAACAGAAGAUGGUUAUAUUCUCCAAAAUUUCCGUAUCAUCAAUCGUUAUACAAGAGAAUCUGGAAAAAAACUUAAACCAAUCUUGUUAUUACAUGCGUUUGCGACAUCAUGCUCAGCCUGGCUAGUCAAUUCACCAGGCGGACACAUAAAGCCAUGGAUAAAUGGUCAUCCACCGAAUGACACUUCAGCUGAACUUGGAUUCUUAUUAGCCAACUUGGGCUAUGAUGUUUGGUUGAUAAAUGUUCGGGGAACAUCUUAUUCAACUAAUCACACGCACCUUGACCCUGAAGAUCCUCAAUUUUGGGAUUACAGUUUCUACGAAAUCGGAAUUUACGAUGUUACAGCAACAGUUGAAUACAUCAAAAAGGAAACUGGAUUUGAGACAAUUAUCGUCAUCGGAUUUUCCCAAGGAACAAUCCAGUUGCUUAUUCAAAUGUCAGCAAUACCAGGAUAUGACAAGAACUACGAUCUUGUUAUAUUAAUUACACCCAUUGGAUUCCUAGGUGAUAAAAGUGGAUUGGUUGGUGCAAUACCGAUACCUUUGUUGAGACAAUUACUUAGUUUGCGCAAUGGCCCUUUUCCGCCUAUGUCAGCCAUAACUUUUGGUUCGUUUGCUGUGUUGUGUGAGAGGCCGAUUCUAACUCCAAUUUGUGUCAACGUCCUCGGAGGAAUAUUUGGUUUCAAUACACAGCAACUAAAUGUAUCAAGAACUUUUGUUUAUACCAGUCAAAUUGACCGAAGCUCAAACAAAAAUGGACUUCACAUUCUUCAAUUUAUUGAAAGCAAUCACCUUCGUUACUUUGAUUAUGGAGAGGACAAGAACUACGAACUUUAUGGAUCUGCUGAACCUCCUGAGUUUCCGUUUUACAAGAUAAAUCCAAACAAAUUGGUAUUUAUAAGUGGAUUGAAUGAUCAAGUGACAACUCCAAUAAAUGUACAAAAUCUUAGGAAUAGUCUUUGUGACAGGGUUGACACUGAUCAUGUCAUCACAGACCCGUAUUUCAAUCAUGGUGACAUUGUCAUUGCAAAAGACGCCUUUCCAUUGUUCAAUGAUAUUGUGGUUCGGUCAAUCGAAGAGAAAAUGCUUCAUGAUGAACUGUGAAAAAUCAAUCUGUCUGGAAACUGAUUGAUACUCAAGUUUCUCUAAGUUUCUGUUGAUCACAAAGUUUCAACCUGGUAUUGAAUAAAA